AUGAAGCGUGACAGACCUUCUGACAACGGGUUAUUCCCCGAGGACGACCAGAUCUCUUUAGUUUCUCCUUUUUCUUCUUAUGAUUCAAAUUUUUUUGCGAAGAGACCACGGUUUGGUUCAAACUCGGUUUUACCAGAUGAGACCUCUUUCCAUCAAGCUUUCCCUCCGGUCUCAACUUCACCUACUGGUUCCCGAAAACGAUCCCAUCCAGAUGAGACUCAUAUGGAUGAAGAUUUAGCUGGACAUGCAUUCGUUUCUCCAGAUAACAACUCUUCGGCGAUUCCAAGGAGUACCUCUCAGUUGCAGCAAGACCUGCAAACAGAUGGUUUACCAAGGAAAAAGGUUUCUUUGGAAUCGAAUCAUCCACAAAUGACAACCCAAGUAGUUGACUUGUCUACGGGGCGUCCUUUAGAGCGAGCGCCUGAACUAGAAUCCGAAGUCCCCCCCGAUGCAUCCAAAUCUUUAGUUCCUUACCCAAAUCGUUUGAAGAUACUCUCUUUCAAUUCUCCUUGUUUUUCUUCCACUGUACCCCAGUUUCCAUCAUCAUCUCACUGGGGCUUCGAUCCUCAUCUCAAAGAUAAAGAUGACACUCGGUUAAUUCAAUAUAUUCCAACUGAAAGUAGACCUCACUGGACAGUUGAAGAACCUAUGUCUUCUGAUUCCAACAACCCUGAAGAAAAUGAACCUUGCAGUUCUGUAGUCGUUGAAGAACUAGAAGAUGACUAUGAUGAAUCUAACGACCCUAAAGUGCCUAAUGUGACAACUAGUAGCCAUACCAAUACGUUUCCUUCCUUGCAUAACCAAGAUGCAAUGGACAUUGAAUGA